AUGCAUAGUAGUAGUAGUAUUAAUUAUGUGGGGCAUCUCUAUUACCUCACCAUCUGCUUGAAGCUUCUCUCCAUUGAUUUCGUGAAUAAACUUAUAAAAGACAUCUCUAUUGUGGUUGUUGGGAAUGCACUUCUCACCUUCAAGCAAGGUCUCAAAGAUCCUUCUGGUAGACUUUCUUCUUGGAAGGGUGAUGAUUGCUGUCGAUGGAGUGGCGUCCGAUGCAACAACAUAUCAAGACACGUCGUGAAGCUCCACCUCAGAAAUCCAAUUUCAGUUCCCAUAAUCAAGGAUUUUGCCUUACUGUGGGGAGAUGGAGCUAUUGAUUCAAUGGAGUACGAUCAACAGAUGGCCUACGAAUCACUUUACACAAGCUCGCGUUUGGGAGGUAAGAUAAGUUCUUCUUUGCUUCACUUGACAUAUUUGAAUUCUUUGGACCUGAGCUCCAAUGAUUUUAAAGGAAUUCGAAUUCCUAAAUUCUUGGGUAUGCUGAAGAACUUGAGAUAUCUGAAUCUCUCUUCUUCGUUGUUUUUCGGAGAGAUUCCACCUCAUCUCGGAAACCUAUCCAGCCUAAUUUAUCUUGAUCUCAGUCGUAAUUCAGUUGUCUCUGGAAAUUUGAAAUGGCUCUCACGCCUCUCUUCUUUGAAAUACCUUAACUUGGGAGAAGUGGAAGUCAGUGACACUAAUUGGCUGCAAUCAAUUAAUAUGCUUCCUAACCUUGUGGAGUUACACUUGUCUGGUUGUUAUCUACCGAGCCUUCCACUCUCACUCCCAUUUGUUAACUCAACUUUGCUUUCAGUCCUUGAUAUCUCUGGUGGUCUUGGGCUUUACUCAAUGCCAAAUUGGUUGUUCAAUCUCACGAGCCUCACAGAAUUUUAUCUCAGUGAUAAUUUCUUUGGGGAUCCCAUUCCGAGCGAAUUCGUGAAGUUGAAGUCUUUGGAAUCCCUUGAUUUGUCUUAUAAUAACUUUAAAGGUCAACUACCAAUAUUUUUGGGAAAUCUUUGCAAGCUUAAAGUUCUAGACCUUUCUGACAACAAUUUCACGGGUGAGGUGGUUGAGUUUUUUGGUGGGUUCUUGGGCUGUCCAACCAAUAGCCUAGUGUCACUAAAUUUAGAGUACAACUCUUUAGAAGGUGAACUACCCAAGUCAAUAGGAAUGCUUAAGAAUCUUCAACAUCUCUACCUCUUCAAUAACUCUUUCUCGGGUUCGUAGCCAAAAUCGAUUGGAAAUUUGUCGUCGUUACUAGAAUUGGACCUCUCAUUCAACAGGAUGAAUGGAACCAUUCCCGAGAGCUUUGGACAACUCUCAAAACUCAUACGCCUAAAUCUCAAUGAAAAUUCGUGGGAAGGUGUUGUAACAGAAGCCCACCUGAUGAAUCUCAAGAGUCUAGAAUAUUUGAAAAUUUUCACAGCGGACAAAGUCAUGCCGUUGGUUUUCAAUGUGACACACGAAUGGGUACCCCCUUUCAAGCUCAAAUAUCUUAAAUUAAAAAAUUUCCUAGUGGGCCCUAGGUUUUCAAUGUGGCUUCAAGUUCAAAGUGAACUCACUUAUGUGUCCCUUGGAAAUGUUGGAGUUGCAGACACCAUACCCGAGGAAUGGUUUUCGAAGAUAUCUCAUCGACUCACCUAUUUGGAUCUGUCUAACAACCGGAUCAAAGGGAGGCUCCCAUACCAUUUAGAAUCUCCAAAAUUGUUGUGGAUUGACUUGAGUAAUAACAGUUUUCAUGGUUAUCUCCCAUUAUGGUCCACCAAUGCAUCCAUUUUUUUGCUUGAAAACAACUUAUUUUCAGGGCCGAUUCCAUCAAAUAUUGGUGAAUUGAUGCCACAAUUGGAAUAUUUGUAUCUACAUGAGAAUCAUCUCAAUGGUACAAUUCCAUCAUCAAUAUGUACAUUAGAGAAUUUGCAAUUUCUUUCCCUUCGGACCAAUCAACUAUUUGGGGAGCUCCCUCAGUGUUGGAAUAAAUUGCAAAAGUUAUUCUCCUUAGAUGUGUCCAACAAUAGUCUUUCAGGUAAAAUUCCGAACUCAAUUGGUUCCCUAAGUUCUCUUGUUUUAUUAUUGUUGAGUAGCAACAAUCUAGAUGGGGAAAUUCCUCCAUCCUUGUGGAACUGCACAAUGAUGACGACCGUUGAUCUUGGAGGAAAUAAUUUGUCGGGAAAAUUACCAUCAUGGAUAGGAGGAAAUGGCAUUGCAUUAAAAAUUCUACGGCUACGAUCUAAUUCAUUCAAUGGGAACAUUCCUCGACAAUGGUGCAAUCUAAAAGAACUUCAUGUCCUAGAUCUUGCACACAACAAUCUUUCGGGGGCCAUUCCCAGUUGCUUGAAAAAUUUGACAGCUCUAGUUUAUGGUAGCAACAGUUCAGCAAACUUCACCAAUGAGAAGCAAAUAAUUGUGGUGGCCAAAGGACGUGAACUCAAAUACGGUUGGACUAUUCAAUUCAUAAAUAAUAUUGAUCUUUCAGCGAAUAAGCUAGUUGGUGAAAUUCCUAAAGAGAUCACAAGCCUCACUGCACUUAAUACCUUAUAUUUUUCAAUGAAUUGUCUGUUUGGACACAUUCCGGACAACAUUGGAAAUUUGCGAUGGUUGGAAACUUUAGUUGUUUCAAGCAACAAUCUCUCGGGACCGAUUCCUCAAAGUUUGUCGUCAUUAACAUCUUUGGCUCAUUUGAACCUCUCUCACAACAACUUGAUAGGAAAAAUACCUUCUGGAUAUCAGCUUCAAACACUCGACGAUCCAUCCAUUUAUGAAGGUAACCCUUUACUUUGUGGACUCCCUCUUCGAACCAAGUGCCAAGGUGAUGAUGCAUCUAAUGCUCUUCCUGCUGGCAAUGACGAUGAUGAUGAAAAUGAAGUUGAAAUGGUAUGGUUCUAUGGAAGCAUGGGGCUUGGAUUUGUGGUAGGAUUUUGGGUUUUUUUUGGUACCUUAUUGAUAAAGAAGUCGUGGAGGCAUGCUUAUAUUCAAUUCUUGGAGAACAUGAUCGAAAGGAUAGCUCUUAUGAUUGAAUUGAGUGUGGCUCGUUUGCAAAGAAGAUGGGAUCAGUGAAAAUUUAAUCUUGUUGAUAUCGAGGUGGUCUGUAAUCUGGAGUACGUAUUUGUUUCAAGACAAUUAUGGUAACUCAGGGUGUAUCGAAGAAUAUGCAUGUGUGUUUAGGCACAGGCAAGUUCCAAGCUAUGUGAUGUAUUUGCAAUGUCAUUUAAUUUUUUCUCUUGCUUUUUCUAUUAUGGAGAUCGUGUGUAAGCGUGUGUGCAAUGAUAUAUUAUCAUGUAUAAUUCCAAUACAUUACAAUUUCCAUUAUUGCCACCCCACCCCCAA